UAAUGCUAAAAAUUCACAUCAGGCCGUCCAAACGCUCUCAAUCCCAACUUCCCAUUUCUCACGUACCCAAGAUCAAACACCUUGCCUGCAGGAACGCCCUUCUCUUCCAUUUCUCUACUGAUUUCAAAUCUCUUUUGCUAUAAUGGCGGAUGAAGUAAUCCUCUUGGGUUUCUGGACUAGCCCUUUUGGGAUGCGAGCCAGAAUCGCCUUGGCGGAGAAGGGGAUCGAGUACGAAUACAAGGAAGAAAACCUAGCAGACAAGAGCCUUCUCCUGCUGAAAUCUAACCCCAUUCACAAGAAAAUCCCUGUUUUGAUCCAUGGUGAAAAAAUCAUUUGCGAAUCUCUCACCAUCGUCCAAUACAUCGAUGAGGCGUGGAAGGGGAAAUCACCGGUGCUGAUGCCUGCAGAUCCUUAUGAGCGCGCGAAUGCGAGGUUUUGGGCAGAUUUCGUCGACAAGAAGAUCUACGACUGCGGAUCAAGGAUAUGGAAGAGCAAAGGAGAAGCACAGGAAGUAGCGAAGAAGGAAUUCCUUGAGUGCUUGAAGCUGUUGGAAGGGGAGCUUGGAGAGAAGCCGUAUUUCGGAGGCGAGAGCUUUGGGUACGUCGACGUGGUCUUUGCCCCCUACGCAUGCUGGUUUCACACAGAUUAUGUGCACGGGAACUCCAUCAUUGAGGAAGAGUGCCCAAAGCUAAUAGCAUGGGUGAAGAGAUGCAUGGAGAAGGAGAGUGUCUCCAAGACCCUUCCAGACCCAGUCAAGUUGCAUGAGUUUGUAGGAGGAUUGAAGAAGAAAUACGGAGUAGAGUAGGAAAUGAUGGAGGGUGAGUGAUGUAUUGGUCUCUGUUUUAUGGCAAUGUCCCUUUGCUAUUGUUAGGUGGGGAAUGUAUUGGUCUCUGUUUUGUGGUAACAUGUCAUUGCUAUUUACUUGUUAGCUUUGCAUGAGUGUCUGUUUUGUGUUCAUGUCCCGUUGUUAUACUUUUGUGAGCUUUGUCUUGCAUUUUUCA